AAGAAGCGCCUUUAUUCUUCAGGGGAAACCGCAGUCACGCUCCUAAUAAAUUGCCGGCCCAUUGGAGACACCUCCCCACACCCAGGACUCGAUGGAAGCCAUGCUCUGCCUCCGCGUGCCCCUCGCUCCGGCAUGCAGACCGGACUUCCUCCUCUCCCACCCCUCGCAGAGGAAUCCCCUCCGCCGCCGCCACUUCGCCUUCCCCCACGGAGGCGCCCGGGUGGCGGCGGCGGCCCGGCUGUGGGCAGUGUGCUUCCAACCGCCGGCGGGGGAGGAUGCCGGCGGGGGACGGGCGGAAGGAUGGCAUAGGAGACGCGGGGCUGCGGUGGGCCCGGUCUUGGUCCUGGCUUGCGCCCUGCGCGUCACCGGUUUGAAGCACGGGGGACGUGCGUAUUGUUCGCCUCCGAAUUCAAGCGGUGACGUGCCCCCGACUUCCGACCAACAGCAUGGCGGCGACGAAAGCCCUCCGUUCCGUGCAGGCAUACAGAGAGGGGUUGGGGGCUUAACUCCGCCGCCAUUGGUGAACGUGCUGUCGGGCAUAUUCAGAGGAGGACCUGCGGCUGCCAAGGAGCCACUCGAGCUUCAUCAGCUCAUCCUCCAUCGAAUCGAGGACGAAGUUCGAUUUUUGCAUCAGGGGUUCGAGGAACCAAGCUUGCUGCGUUUGUUGCUGGAACACCUGUCCGAUCAAGUGGAUAUCCAUGGGCACUCUUCUUUGGAAGCGAGUGACAGAGGACUGAAAACAACAAGUUCAUUAUAUAAAGAAUGGGAGGAACUCGCUGAAAAUGAGAGGAAAUACAACCUAGGAUUGUUAUUGGUCCAAAUAUUCAUCAAUCAGGGAGACCAUGAAAAGGCUAAGGAAGUAUGUGAGGAUAUUAUCAAAGUUUCACCUGCGAUGGAUGAAAGACCUCGAUUCAUCAUGGAUAUUAUAAAGGCGAUGUUGGACGUGCAGAGAAUGUCGAAACGAGGAACGACACAAGGUGGUUUACUACUGUUCACCAAGAAUAUGAUAAAACUUAUCAUCAUGAUAGCACAGUGGGAAAACUGUUAUAAUGCUACAAUGAAUUAAUCAAAAUUCCAUUGGCUCAAGAUGCUAUCAGCUUCCAAUGUCUCUGAAUAAUGCUCGUGGUUCAUGGGGAUCUCUCUCUCUCUCUCUCUCUCUCUCGCUCGCUCUCUGAGGCCGGGACUUUCAUAAGCUUUUUAUGUAACCUUUUUCUUUAAAACUUUGUACUCAUCUUUUUCUUUGUCAUUUUAUUUGGGUAUAAAAGGCUUUAUAUGCUUUUGAAGCAAAAGUUCUAAUUAAGGCCACCAAAUUUUACCUUGCUCUAUUGUUCCCCACCAGAUUGGCACUAGAAUUUGUUCAUCUGACAAUUCAAG